AUGGGGGGCAAGUCCGCUACCAAGGCCGCUUACUUCGAGAAGCUUAAGAACCUUCUCCAGGAGUACAGCUCGGUUUUCAUCGUCGGCGUUGACAAUGUCAGCUCCCAGCAGAUGCACGAGAUUCGUCUGAGUCUCCGUGGUGAGGGUGUUGUCCUUAUGGGCAAGAACACCAUGGUUCGCCGUGCCCUCAAGGGUUUCAUCAACGACAACCCGGAGUACGAGCGUCUCCUUCCCUUCGUCAAGGGCAACGUUGGUUUCAUCUUCACCAACGCCGACCUGAAGGAAACCCGCACCAAGAUUCUCUCGAACCGUGUUGCGGCCCCCGCCCGUGCCGGUGCCGUCGCCCCUCUUGAUGUCUGGGUCCCUGCUGGUAACACCGGUAUGGAACCCGGUAAGACCUCUUUCUUCCAGGCUCUUGGUGUCCCCACCAAGAUUGCUCGUGGUACCAUCGAAAUUACCACCGACCUGAAGCUCGUCGAGGCUGGCGGCAAGGUCGGUGCCUCCGAGGCCACCCUCCUGAACAUGCUGAACAUCUCUCCCUUCACCUACGGUAUGAGCAUUGCUCAGAUCUACCAGGAUGGUCAGACCUUCGGCUCCGAGAUUCUGGACAUUGAGGAGUCUCAGCUUCUCAAGGCCUUCAACACCGCGGUCACCACCAUCACCGCCAUCUCCCUGGCCACUGGCAUCCCCACCCUGCCUUCCGUCAUGCACUCUCUUGUCAACUCCUACAAGAACGUCCUGGCUGUUGCCGUGGAGACCGAGUACAGCUGGCCUGAGAUUGAGGAGCUCAAGGACCGCAUCGCUAACCCCGAUGCCUACGCCUCUGCUGCUCCUGCUGCUGCCGCCGCUGCCGCCACUUCUGAUGCUCCUGCCGCCGAGGAGAAGGAAGAGGAGGCCGAGGAGUCCGACGAUGACAUGGGCUUCGGUCUCUUCGACUAA